ACAGGAUUAGCCAUAGAUUUCCAUAGCAUGUCCUCAUAUUGUCAGGUAAGAAAAAUAAAUUUAUUGUCAGGUUUUUUUUCUGUAUUAUUGCUAUGAAUUGAAUGUUUAAAAAAAAUUUUUUUUAGUUUGUUUGUUUGAGCAGCUAGCAAAUAAAAUCUUUUUUCUAUCUUAGCUAUGCUCAACCACUGGCAAGGCUAUGCUGAAGAAUAGUGACACUGCAUAUCAGAACUGGUAUGCUACCCACAAGGAAAGAUGUACAAUCAACCAUUCUGGUUCUGCUGGCCUUAUGGAAGUUGAAGGUGAUAUGGCAGCGAUCUAUGAAGCAGGGUCUUUGGUAUUUACACUAAUUUUGUCAGUGAUGAAGAUUGUAAGACAUAUAAUUAAUUGUUUUCUUUGGCAUCAUAUGAUGUUCCAAUAAUAAAGGAAGAGUGUCAAAUCAUGUGGCAAAAAGGCUUGGAUCUGUGCUGCGGAACUUUGUGCCUACUGAGUCUAAGUUUGGUACAACUUUGGGUGGUCGCAAAGCUGGAAGUUUAACUCGGGUAAAACAUUUUCUUAGUUUGUUAGCUUUAUUGUCAGCAUUUUGUUGCCAUUAUUAAAUUUAAAACGUUUAUGAAAUUUGUGUAGAUUAGGAUUUAGAUUAGACUUGAAAUUGUUUUCAUUUUUCUUGACCUAAAAAUUUAGUUUACAAAAAUAAGGCUUGCACCUGAGAUUUUAGGGUAUAAUUGUUUUCUAACUUCACAAUUGUAAUAUAGAUUUAUUUAUUUUAAUUUACAGAUGAAAGCAACUUGCUUCAGCAGUACUAUAAGUAGUAUAAGAAGGCUGUAGCCAGCAAGGUCAGUAGUUCCUCAGAACUGCAACAGAAAAUUAUGACUACAUUUUACCAUGCAUCUUCAACGAACGAGGAGCCAAAACACCACUCGUGCCCUGCUGGUAAAUCGUCAUGGUGGUUUUGGCAAAGAGCUAUUGCUUACAAGUCACCACCUUCCCAUAACAGCAGUAGCUUAAUUUCACCAAUGGUUGCUGGCAAAAUAAAUUCAAUUUAUGAAAGGCUGAGCACAGAU